AUGAAACGGAGCUCAUCUUCCAGUGGUAGCAAUGGCCGGGCCUCCCUGCUGCCCAUUAGAGUUCAGGACGCAAGCAGAGCCGGUCUAUAUACACCUCAAACAACAGAACGAUCGAAGCUGAGCAUAUCUAAGUACACUGGUGGCUCUGAAGGAAAAACCAGCUUCUCUGUGAAAAGGACAAGUGGUUCUGGAGCAUCGCGAAAUACUCCAUGGGGCUUUUUUACUGGCACAGAAAAGUUAAAGGAUCCCAGGCCACUUCAUGAUAAGACUUACAUCCAGCAGUGCAUCCGACAGCUCUGCGAGUUUCUUGUGGAGAAUGGCUAUGCCCAGAAUGUGUCUGUGAAAUCUCUCCAAACUCCAACUACUAAGGACUUUUUCAGGAUUUUUGCUUUUAUAUAUGCUUUUUUGUGCCCUUCUUAUGAACUUCCUGAUUCUAAAAUUGAAGAGGAGGUCCCAAAAGUCUUUAAAGAACUUGGAUAUCCCUUCCCAUUGCCCAAAAGCUCCAUGUACACCGUGGGUGUGCCACAUGUCUGGCCUCAGGUUGCCGCUGCACUAGUGUGGUUAAUAGACUGCAUCAAGAUCUACAGUGUCAUGAGAGGGAACUCAGAUGCUCUUGUCGAUGCUCAGUGCUGGUCAGGAGAGGCUGAAGAUGAAAUGGUAGUUAAUAAGCUACUUAUGGAGUACACUGAGAAGUGUUAUGAUCAUUUCAUGAAUGGAGGAGAUGCUUUUGAAGAGAUGGAUGCAGAACUAAAGGCAAAACUAAAUGAAGUGUUUAAAGUAGACCAUUCCAAAGUGAAGACCUUAGAAGCAGAGAACAAAAGGUUGAAUGAAGAGAUUGCAAGUCUAGAGAGAGAGAGGGAAAGUGAGCCGGAUCGUCUAGAAACGCUGAGGAAGCUGAAAGCUUCGCUGCAAGCUGAUGUUGAAAAAUAUCAGGCUUACAUGACUAAUCUGGAAUCUCAUUCAGCUGUCCUGGAUCAGAAACUACGUAGCCUCACUGAGGCGUGUGAGGCAUCAGAAUUGGAAGUUGAAAUGAUGAAGCAGGAAAAUGCCCGGCUGCAGCACACUGUUGAUAAUCAGCUUUACACAGCUGUAGACAUCGAGAGAAUAAACCAUGAGAAAGAUGUGCUUCAGCAAACUAUCAACAAGCUUACCAAGGAGCUAGACACGGAGCGGCAGCAGCUGUGGGCUGAGGAGCUAAAAUAUGCAAGAGGCAAAGAGUCAAUUGAAGCACAGCUGGAUGAUUAUCACAAACUGGCUCGGAAGCUGAAGCUAAUCCCAGCAGGCAUGGAAAAUUCCAGAGGCCACGAUUUUGAGAUUAAGUUUAACCCGGAGGAUGGACCCCAUUCUCUCUCCAAAUACAGAAGGCAGAUCAACGUGGCUGAAGAAGAAGAGGAAAAAAGUGCAGCUGAACUGCAAGCUCUAGAGAUACAUAAAAACCUAAUUGAGGCUGGAGUCAACGAGGGCCUCAAUGAAGCUAUGAAUGAGCUACACGAAAUUCAGAAGAAGCACCAGAUUGCUGUGAGGACAACAAAUGAAGAGAAAAUGCAACUGCUUGAUAAGUUGUACCGUGUCCUGGAGAUGGUGGCUUUUCAUGUGGGGUCUGUAGAGAAAUACCUGGCUGAGCAUAAUGCAAAAGCUGAUACAGUGUUUGAAGAAUUUAUGUCUGAAGACCUCUUGGACAACCUGAAACAAAUCCUAGCUAAAUAUAAAAGUAAAGCUAAUGCUCUAUAACCCUUGCAUGGAGGACUUCACCUAUGCAUUUUUUUUCCCUGUAGCACAAUUGUAAUCUGGGCCAGUCCUGCAUUCCUUCCACUAACUCCCAAGGCAGUCAAUCUAAUGGUAAUUACGUAUGUACAAGGACUACAGGAUCUGGUCCACAAUGUGCUGUUUGAGAGCUGUUACUCCUAAGUAUAUAUUUAUUAAAUUCUUACAAAUGUAAACUGUGUGUGUAUUUAAAAAUAUCAAAGGUAUUUCAUAAAGAUUUUUGAUAGCAGUUGGUGUAGUGUGAUUUUUUUUUUUAAAUAAGAACCUUGGGUUCUGCAGGCAGAUGUAUAUGAAGCUAUAGGAUUUAAGACACACUUUUCAAAAGGGUCCAUUAAUUUUGGAUGCUUGACUUGGCAAGAGCCCAGAGCAUGCAGCACCCAAAACUGAGUGGAUGCU